AUGAGUCAAACGUACGAGUUGAAUGAGGGGUUUGAUGACAUUAAACGUUUGAUGAAGGUGAUUGACUUCCCAGCUGAGCAAUGUCAAUUAUUUUUGAAUGGAAAACGUGGACGUGGGAUGUGGUUCUUUGGCUUUGAUCCUGUUGAGAAACGAUCGGAUCUAUUGCAUCUUCCACGAGGAGAGCGCUCGUACGAUGACAACGCGGGUCCAUUAAUUCGCUUCGGCAAACGAGAUCCAGGAGCACCUUUGAUUAGAUUCGGCCGUGCACCCGAUGCUCAGCCAUUAAUUCGCUUUGGUAAGCGAACUCCGGAUGGUGCUCCUCUAAUUCGAUUUGGCAGAAAUCCGGACGCCCAACCGUUAAUUCGCUUCGGUAAACGAUCUCCUGCUGCACCACUUAUCAGGUGACU